GGCAUCCACGCCGCAUUUCCUUUAAGAGACCGUUUAUGAAUAGUGGCUUAACAAGUUUGGCCACACCUUUGCAUACCUAAAUCGAAACUAAACGUAGCAGUCUCUCUUCACGUCUGUUUCACACCUUGUUUUGUUAUAACUAAGCCACAGAAGCGAGCAGGUAUCAGUUCGUCCCUCCUGGACUUGAAUCACGUCUAAAACCCAGGAAGAAUAAUCACCGUUUUUUAGUGGCUACAUUUAUGUCACGUUUGAUUCACUGGGACCCAAUGGGUAAACCGAGAGUUACAAUCGCUGCUUUCACAGGUAAUCGGAUGAUUUAUUUAUGGUUUCUGGGUUUUCUUUCCUCACCCUGCUGUGCUGCUCCCGUUUCAGAAAAUUUCACGGUUUCUGCAAAGCCUCAUGUCUCAGUCCAGCGAGGUCAUACAGCCAUCUUACCCUGCUGGCUCACCUUCUCUGAGAGUGCAGAAGAUAUGGAGGUACGCUGGGAUCACUGGAAUGAUGAUUAUGAUCCUCCAGUCCUGCUUUAUCAGGCAGGAGCUUUCGACUUUUCAUCCCAGAAAGCUUCGUACGCUGGCCGAGUCUCACUUGGCUUAAAGGAAGAAACAUCAGGUGGAUUAAAGGCAGGUGAUGUCAGCCUGAAACUGGAAAAAGCCACAAUUGAAGAUGCAGGAAAAUAUACAUGCUUUGUCAGCAGCUCUGAUGAUUAUGAUUCCGCAACUAUUAGUCUGAGUGUUACAGAAACUGGACACCAACCUCUCCUGUCAGCAGUGAUGAAAGACCAUAACAAAGUUAACAUGAGCUGCCAAUCUGACGGCUGGCAUCCAAAGCCUGAGCUGAGCUGGUCAGACGGCAAAACAGCUCUCACACCUGCUGAUGUGAUGUUUAGCAAAAACUCUGCUGGUUUUUAUUCAGUCCAUAGUUGGGUUCUGGUCUCCAGUCCCUCUGAGGUCUCCUGCUCUGUUGGGCUCUUCAAUGAAGAACCAAAGGAGGCCAGAAUGCGUCUGGAAAAUCCUCCACCAUUACAAGAGACAAAAAUGCCCUGCGCUGGAUGGGUGGCCUUUGAGAUGCUUCUGGUUUUAUUAGUUGCCUUCGGAGCCUUGUACUUCCUGUACUUCAGAAAGAAAGCUAACAAGUCCAAAUCUGGAAAUUUCACAACUGGUGGGGCUGAACUAAUGAGCAUUUCUAAAGGCAACGAACCACUUCUGCCUACAGCAACACGGCAGUCAACGACUCUAUCAGAAGCAUCCAAGCAUUAUGAGAAUGUUCAACUGGUGGACACAGGCAAUAAGCUAAUACAAAUCAAUGGUUCUAUCCUGAGAGAAGAUAUUCGUGAGCAUCCAGAUGGAGACAGAGUCACUUGUCUCACUGCAGUCAGAGGAUCACCUGGUUUCUCUUCUGGACGACACUACUGGGAGGUUUCAUUAGCAAAUACAGAUAUAGACCUCAAGAAGUCCUGGUGGAUCGGAGUUACAGAUAAACAUGAAAUCCCUCAUGAUGCAAGUUUCCCUCCAACCACAAAAAAUGGUUUCUGGUUCUUGUCUUCUUGCCCCAACGAGGAUACUCUUCAGUUUAGCACUGAACCAGAGACAUUCAUUUAUGUUCAGUCAAAACCAAAAAGGGUCGGUGUGUAUUUGGACUUUGACAACAGAGAGCUCUCCUUCUAUAAUGUGGAAGAGAAAUGUCUGAUUGGAUCUCUGGCAGCAACAUUUACAGGUGAACUGUUCCCACUUUUUAACCCUGGAAAAGGUGACAUAGGAACUAUGACAAUAGUGCAGAGACCCAGACGCACUCCCUUGGAUCAGGGCACAAAUUUUGAGAGUGAGCUGCUGGCUGAGCUUUUGGAGCUGAGUGGUGUCAGUAAAUCACACACCUCACCCUACCACCCAAUGGGUAACGGGACUGCAGAGAGGUUCAAUCGCACCCUGGGCAACAUGUUGAGAUCUCUUCCCCCACAUCUGCUUUCUGCCAUGCUAAUGGCUGAGAAGAGCACCAGUGCAGAGCAGAAACAUCAAUGUGACCUGUACAACAAGAGAGCCAAGGGUCACCCUCUGUCAGUUGGAGAUCAGGUCCUGGUGGCGAACAAGGGAGCCAGAGGAAAGCGGAAGCUUUCUGAUAAAUGGGAGCCUGUGAUUGAUGGGGAGGACCAUGCUGCUUCAUGGGUUCAGGAUGUGUCCUCAGCUCCAUCAGUUGUAAAUAGUGACCUGCCUCAUGACUCUGAGAACUCCUCUGUGGAAACUGGAGUGCUGGCGACUGCUGGUUCCUUACCUCAUCUUCCUGAUGAUGCUGGUUCCGUUCAUCCUCCAGACAGUGUGGGAGGGGAUGUUGUUCGCCGCCUAACUUCACACUUUGGGAGGGUUAUCAAACCAGUUUGUUGCUUGAUAGAGUCCAUGGCUGUCAUCGAGGCGCUUUAUGACAAGGAUAAUGUUCAGCCUGUUAUUGAUGUGUGA